AUGAUCUACGAUUGCGUUAUUGUGGGCGGCGGCGCGGGUGGCCUGUCGAGCGCGCUGAUGCUUGGCCGUGCGCGCCGGAACGUCCUGCUGCUGACCGCUGGACUGCCGCGCAACGCCCCCGCCGAGCAGGCGCACUCGCUGUUCACACGCGACGGGACGCCGCCGCUCGAGCUCCCGUACACGACCGUCCACCCGGUCGAGAACGCGCGCGUCGUUUCGCUCGCCCACGACAAGGAGGCCAAGAUGUUCUACAUUGAGUACCAGAACGAGUCCAACGCGAACGCCGGCGGGUUCUCCAUCAUGAUGACAGCGCAAGUUGAGGAGCCAAAGCCGCUCAUCCGCGUGACUGCGCGCGGCGUCAUCCUCGCUACGGGCGUCAGGGACGUUCUGCCGCCGAUUGCUGGGAUUGAGCAAUUCUGGGGCAAGUCGGUCAUCCACUGCCCGUACUGCCACGGAUUUGAGCAUGCGGACAAGCGAUUCGCGUACAUGGGAUCCAUUGGUCCCAUGGCGGUCAUGGCGCUCCAGCUGCUGCGCGGCUCGUGGGCGCAGGACGUCGUCUGGCUGCAGAACGGCGGAACUCCGGCGCUGACAGCCGAGCAACUGGCUCGUCUCAAGGAGCUCAACGUGACCAUUUACGACAAGAAGGUUGCCGAGUUCCGCGGUGAUGAUGCUGGCAACGUCCAGACGGUCGUCUUUGAGGACGGCACGACGCUGGAUCGCGACUGCAUCCUGAUCCACCCCGACAACAAGCCCAACACGGACAGCAUCGAGCUGAAGGACGGCUUCAGCUACAAGAUUAUGCACACCGACACGAUGGAUAUCAUUCUCAAGGGCCAGACCGACGUGCCCGGCCUGUACCUCGUUGGCGAUCUCGCCACUCCGCUCCACCAGCUUUCCACCGCAGCCUAUCUCGGUGGCUUCAUGGCCGGCAGUCUUAACAUGUACCUUUCGACUCUGUAA